AGGAAGUUUCGCUAGACUGCUUUUCGCAGAUUUCUCCAUUUCGAUUUUUCUUUCCGUCAUUUGCAGCUCAGCGGCGAACUUUUCCUCCCACAUCAACUUUUCUCGCACUCGUAAUUCGAUCAAACGUUGUUCAUCCUUCUCGCGUUGCACAUUUUGUUUACGUCGCUCUGCUUCGUCGUCAAUUUCCCUCUGCCUUUUUUCAAGAAUUUGCGAAAGCUUGUUCAUUCUAGGCACCCAUUGCGCGUACUUAUCCUUCGUGUCCUUUUUCCACUGUCGUAUUGCUCUCUGAGUUUCAGCUCCUCGAUCAAUUUUUAGCUCUUGUACACUUGCAACAAGAUUAUUUACCUUGUCAAAUAUGGUGUCUGUUCGUUUCUUUACAACUUCGAUCUCUGCGUAAUCGCCUUCUUCAAUAAUAUCGUCAAUUGGCUCGAGAUAGUACUUUAGUUUUUCGAUUUCCUUGUCUAUUUCAACUUCCUUCUGUUUUUCUGCUGUCUCCUCGCUCAUUGCUAUAUCUUCCACGUCGUACAAAUCGAUAAAUUCUCGUAUUUACAUGACCAAAUAAUGUGUUGUUGUCGUUUAAAUCACUCGUUAAAUAUUUAAAUUACCGUUCGAUUUUUUGUUCAAUCCUGGUCACGGCACCACUUAUAUACCGAACUUCUCUUGUUAAAUUGUUAACAGGUAUAUAACCACAGAAAUCGCAAAGACAAAUUACAUUUAUUUGUAUAAAAAUAUAGAAUUCUCACGCUCACAAAUCACUUGUUUUGUUUUGUCUCGUCUCACAUAAUCUAAUAAUAAACGACCCGUCAUCAACAUGCUCUUAAUGUUUCUUUUAUGCAAACGUCAAUCAUGCUUACGUCACUUAUAUGGGGGGUCCACUAUUCCGUACAAAUAUACUGUAUACUGUCUAUAAACCAAAAAUUGUUAAUAUGUAACGAGUCAGUCUUCCCCAGCUAGCUUCGUAUGCACAAAUGAAAAAUAUGCAUAAAGAAUACCGUGCAUAAAAUGAUAAAAAAAAUGUGUGAGUGGGGACUGUUGGGGUAAAAUUCUCACUAAUCUACACAAUUAUAUGUACAUGCACUGAUGAUAUUUUUUUCUGGUGCGAGAUUAAUUCUUCCCUAGCGACUCUUGAAUACUGUACCUGUUUAUUCUCAUUCUUUCUUAGGAUUUGCAAGACGAUAUGUCAGACCUCCUUGACCAAGCAAAUGAAGUACAAGAAGCUCUUGGGAGGCAAUACGGCACACCGGAACUGGACGAAGAUGAUCUAGAAGCAGGUACAUUAUGUAUGCGUGAAUUACGAGCCGUAUAGGCCAUGUGUUUUUGAAAUUGUUUUGGUGUGAUAAGGUUACCUAUUCAGGCCAAGAAAAAAAAAGGUACUUGAAAAAGUUAGUUGAAAAGGAUAUUUAGGUUGAAAAAGCGAGUCAAAACUGAUGGAAAAGUUGCCUUGUAGUUGUAGACCACUUAAUAUUUGGAUUUGCUAUUCAGUACGAUUCAUGUGUGCCCGAAUCUUGAUAAUAUACUCGAUCAUUGAUGAUCAGUAUAUUUCAUGUUAUACAUGCACAUGCAGUAUUUGCAAAAGAGUACAGAAAGUCGAAAAAUUGAGAUCACUGGUGUGAUCCUGCAAAUCUUGCUUUGCCUGCAAGUUGAUGGAAGGCAUGUGACAUGUGUGAGAAUGAUAUUUUCUCCACGGAGCACCAGAUAGUAGCAGGUUGAUCGGUUUGGAACAACUAUUUUUACGUCACAAAAUUUGGUUGCAUGAUUUUUUUAAAUCAUGUUAUAUCCUUCCCUUUAAAAUAAACAACACACUGGCCACUGUAAAUACAUGCAAAUAAAUUACCUAUAUUCACUACCAAUGUCUUUCCACAGAACUAGAUGCUUUGGGUGAUGACCUUGCUUUUGAUGAGGACACGUCAUAUCUUGACGAAGCAGAGAAAGCGCCAACUGUUCCGGAUACAGAUCUUCCUGAACCCAGUGCAAACAGGGUAGAGUGUUUUUUUGACAUUUCUGUAUGAAUACACAGCUAUUUCAAUGGACCUUUAACCUUAUAACUAAAAUUUUGAUCUAGACAAGUCUAGACAAAAAUUUCAUCACAGCUUGAAAGAGCAUCACAAAAUUAGUAAUAUUCCAAAGUUUCGUUACGAAAUGUUGUAAAAUGCGGAUAAUAUAGCCCUGCGAAAUUUGCUGUUUUUUAGUAAUUUUGCAUUACAAACGGGAAAAUGAUACCCCAAUCGAGUGUUUUGGUAUAAAUUUGCCGUUUGUAAUACAAAAUUACUAAAAAUUGCAAAUUUCGCAGGGCUAUAUUAUCCGCAUUUUACAACAUUUCGCAACGAAACUUUGGAAAAUUACUAAUUUUGUGAUGCUCUUUCAAGCUGUGCAUGAUGAAAUUUUUGUCUAGACUUGUCUAGAUCAAAAUUUUAGUUAUAAGGUUAAAGGUCCAUUAAUGUUGUCAUAGUUAAUUGUACAUUCCAAGCGCGAACAGCAGGAUGGGUAUACCAAAUUUUAAUAUUUUUAUCUGUUUAGGGUAGUUCCUAUAGUUCCUUUUACCUGUAGGUAGUGACCAUAGUUCCUUUUUGUUUUGGCAGUUCCCAGGGAUAUAUACAUGAUUUAUAAUAAUACAUUUCACCCUAUAAAAUAUCUUAUUCGCAUAUACUUUUGGCGCUUGGAUUGUACAUUUGACUAUUGCUUGUGACAACCUUAAUUGAAAUAGCUGUAUAGGAAAAGUGAUAUUAUAUAUACUGUAGGCGAUAACAUGGAUGUAUGCCAGGUAUUGGAUCGUAUAUAUUGUUUAUAUCUAUUUAUUAUUUUUUAUACGUCCAGCCUUAUUUGUAUGAUCUAGUAGCUAUUCUUUAGUUUUAAAGUUCUUUGCAUGUUUGUGUCGAGUUUUCUGUAGAGGCUGGGUAACUCGCAUCCUUUCCUGAACAAAAAUCUACAUCAAUCUGAAAUAUGAAACAAAAGAACUAAAACAUCUCGAUCCUAUUUCAGAAUCAUCGUCAAUACUCUAUUAAAAAUAUAUCAUUUUAAUAUCUGGUUGGCUGAAUCUAUAUUUUUCAUACUUUAACAUACAGUAGGCUAUUCUGAUUUAAGAACACUUUAUGUAUUAAGUAAACGUUUUUCUUCCUUAUCUUUAAUAGGAUGGAAUCAAAGUCGAUGAAUUUGGGCUACCUGAACUUCCUCAACAAACCAACUGAAUCAUAAAGUUAACAAGACAAAUUGUAUAUAUACUUAUUCCUAAUAAUCUCUCGUAUGGUAUAUCAAGACUGUAAUUUUUGUACAAUUAUUUAGUGAUGGAAACAAGUACAUGAUAAUGUACAAAUGAAAUGAAACCCAUCGGUUAACAGAAGGUGCUUAUAAGUAUACUUAAGAACAUAUAGUGUUUUCUUUUUUAUUGCUUCAACUGCAAAACGUUUGUCAUCUGAUCUUUUAAAAAAAGGAAAAGACGCCUCGUAAGUUUGCAUGAUAAAUAUUUUUUGUGGAAGACCGAAGAUCCCACGUUCAUAUUUACAGUAUUUGGCAAUGUUUUCGAUGCAUAAACCUGGACCCGAACUCUGCGCUAGCUCGUUGGUCAGAUGCAGUAUUUGUUUUUACUUCUGUCAUCUGCAGGGCCCCUUAAUCUUUUUAUACAGUACAGUACAGUACAGUACAGUACAGUACAGUACAGUACAGUACAGUACGGUGUCUGCAAAAUAUUAUGAUUUUUUGACCUAAAUACAGUAGUAGUCAAAAUGCACAUGUGUGCAUGAAGGUGUCUGGUCAUCUGUGUCUCUAUAACUGGGCAGGUUGUGGCAAAAUGUUAUCUAGUUAAAUUAGUUAAUAACAACAAUCUUAAGGUUACAGAACACUUUCCAUGAAAGCAUUAGACUGUUCUACUAUCUGACCAAGUUUGGACGAAAAAUGUUCAAAACUCGCAGAGUUAUUUAAUAAAAUACAUUUCGCUUGCAAUAAGAAAAACAUUGAAAAUGUAAUAUUCAAAUUCAAAUAAACGAGUUGUGCUCCUGCGAGUUUUAACGAUUUUUUCUCAAAUUUUCACAGGACAUAGCCAAAGACGUCAGUUUCAAAAUUGUGUUCGGCUUUGUUCUAAUUUUGGAUAUUUUAAUAAUAAGGAGCAAUUGACACAAUUCACAAACGAUUCAGAAAUAUAUUGCAGUCGUCAAAGAAAUCGCCAUAUCAGCGGAAUGACGAAAUAAACAAAAAAUUUCCGAACACAAUUUUUUAGAACAACUAUUUUACUGUAUAAAAAUGAUAUUUUCAUAAAUAUAUCUUAAAACCAGCAGGAAUUAACAUAACUCAAAAGCGUAAAGGUACCGCGACUUAAGAUUUUCCUGAAUAAUUCUUACAUUAUUUUAUUGUUUGUCAAUUUUACAACUUUAUCAUAUGGCUCUCAUAUUUUGCAUGCACUGGCUAACAUUUGGUGAACAUUUGAUGAAAAUCGGACUGAUUUUGAGCGCGGUAGCGAUUUUCCACAAAACGCCAAAAAGGGUGUCCUGUAACCUUAAAUGCUUGAAUAACCUACAUAUAAUUUUUUUCUGUGCUGGUGUUGUGUUGAACAUCAUGUUGUACUGUUUCUUGCAAACAAAAGCCGGAUAAAACGGGACCGGCUAAACGGAGAAUUAUGAAGUGGGGAGUUAUCUCGGAGAGUUAUGAUUUCGCAGAGUUAUGUUCGAACCACGCCCAAACCACGCCCACUUUUCCCAACGACCACACCCAAUUUCUUAACUCCCUCGACGGUUCCUUGAACUAACUCUCCCUCGUUAACAUUAUGAAGAUGUUAGAGAGUUAUCAUUUUUUAUAACUCUCCUCGUUCAUGAUUGUGGCAAUGAAGAGAGUUACAGUAAGGCCACAUAAAAUAAAUCCCUUGAUUCUCAUCACCCGACUGUAUUUUAAGAGCCGCGUGAAAUUUUUUUAUAUUUUGUUAUACAAUAUAAAUGUACCGCCCGACAAAAUAUUUCAAGACAGUUAAGUUUUUUAUAUUUUAUGUUGGGUUUUUAGUGCCAUUUUAAACUGCCAAUUUCAAACAAAUAGAACCUUGAAAGAAAUUUCAGUGCAUUUUAACGGAACUUCGUAUUCAGUUCAAGGGCCAGUCAUUGUUCGUGGAGAAAUACGUUUAUUUCAGUUUGUGACACUUUUAUUUAUUGAUAUAUAUUAAAUUAUAUAAAUAUAAAAUAUAAAAUAUAAACCUCCCGCCUCUUCGACAUUUUCAAAGUGUAGUGAUGAGAAUCAAGGAAUUUAUUUUAUGUGGCCUAAGUCAGUUUUUUGAAAAAAACUUCCACAUAUUAGUAAACUUUUGUAAAUUUACUUUUUUCUCAAGUGUCAGCUUUAACAUUUCACGCUAGUAGAAACUAAUAGUACUUUAAAGUACUUACCAUGUUCAUCUAAUUGUAAAUGUUUAUAUACAUGCUCACUUGGAUUAUCUACCAAGUCCAGCAUUCAGAUACAACUCUCGAAUUAGAUAGAACCAGAAAACCUUUCAAAUGUAAUGCCCUAUUGGCUGAUCUGGGACCUUCUGAUGCAAGCAACGCAUUGUUUUGACCGAGUAAAGUUGCAUUUCCUGUUUGGACGCACGCUAUUGACACGCUACAAACUGAAAUACCAAAAUAUAAGAUGAAAAUCUGAAUUAGAAACAAGCUUUACUAAGGUUUUCUUAAAAAACUGACUUAACUCGACAUUGCCAUAAUCGUGAACGCAGAGAGUUAUAAAAAAUGAUAACUCUCUAACAUCUUCAUAAUGUUAACGAGAGAGAGUUACGUCAAACAUAACUCUCUCAUGUUAGUUCAAGGAAACGUCGGGAGAGUUAAGAAAUUGGGUGUGGUCGUUGGGGAAAGUGGGCGUGGUGUGAACAUAACUCUCCGAAAUAUCUCUCCGGUUGGUAACUCUCCCUUUAGUCAUACCCGGAUAAAACACAACUUUUACCAGUUUUACAUAUACAGUACGUACUGCACGUCAUUCGGAA